GAAGAAACUCACUUGUUGAAUUUUGAUUGAUCUGCGUUGUCUCUUAUGUCUUCAUGAGUUGGUGUUAUAUGACUGUCGUAUUGUACCACGAUUGGUUAUGACGUUUGUGAUGGACUCAGGGAAAUUUUUGAACUCCUAAUGGGUGUUUCGAGUUAGAAAGAAACAUUAACGUGCUUCGCUAGUUUUCCUGAGGAGUGAGUUUUUAUUGCAGCUAUAAGGUCAUUCUACAUCUUGGUCUCAACAAUCUAGAUCUCAGCAAAGGAGGAACUCUUGGUCCACUCAUGACGACAGAAAACCUUCAGAGGUGUUCCGAACAGAUCUAAUAACAGCUAUGAAGCUGCAUGACUCGCAUCAGCUGAACCCUGAUGAUUACUACAUUCUGGCUGAUGCAUGGAGGCAAGAAUGGGAGAAAGGAGUACAAGUGCCAGUAAACUCAGAAGCCGCUCCCGAGCCUGGAGCAAGAGCCAUUGCUGAGAAGGAGAAAAGAGUCACUUUUGUUCGGCCCAGAAAGUACAUCCUUUCUUCUGGUUCACAGCCACCUGAACCUGGUUACGUAGAUAUUCGCACCCUGGCAGAAGGUGUUUGUCGUUACGAUCUUGAUGAUGUGGACGUAGCAUGGCGAGAAUUGGUCAAUGAAGAACUACAGGAAAUGGGAAUGAAUUCUAUAGAGGAGUACACUAUGGAAAGAGUUAUGGAGAUAUUUGAGCAGGAAUGUUAUGAUAAUUUAAAGCUUGCCAUUGAAUCGGAGGAAGGACUUGGAAUUGAGUAUGAUGAAGAUGUAGUUUGUGAUGUAUGCCAAUCUCCAGAAGGGGAGGAUGGCAAUGAAAUGGUGUUUUGUGACAAAUGUAACAUCUGUGUCCACCAGGCUUGUUAUGGUAUCCUUAAGGUGCCUGAAGGUAGCUGGCUAUGUCGCACUUGUGCUCUUGGUGUUCAGCCUAAGUGUUUAUUGUGCCCAAAGAAAGGAGGAGCUAUGAAGCCAACACGCAGUGGUACAAAGUGGGUUCAUGUCAGCUGUGCUUUAUGGAUUCCAGAGGUGAGCAUUGGUAGUCCAGAGAAGAUGGAGCCCAUAACAAAGGUGUCUCAUAUCUCAAGCAGUAGAUGGGCCUUAACAUGUAGCCUUUGUUCAGAAAAAACAGGAGCCUGCAUCCAGUGCUCUGCAAAGUACUGCCGGACAGCUUUCCACGUCACCUGUGCUUUUGCCAAAGGUUUGGAAAUGAAAACAAUUCUGACAGAAAAUGAUGAAGUCAAGUUUAAAUCAUACUGUUUAAACCAUAGUACUGGGGGUCCAGAAGGUGUAAAAAAUAAUGGAAAUGCCACAUCUGAUGGUGACUUUCAAAAAAAUAUGCUUCAGAUGUCUGUGGAUCAGAACCAGCAGGAAACCCAACGCCUUAGCUCACGUAAACAGAAACUUCAACAACUAGAGGAUGAUUUUUAUACAUUUGUUAAUGCCUCUAAAGUGGCCCAAGACCUGCAGUUGACUGAAGAGGUGGUGGACUUCAUUUAUCAGUACUGGAAAAUGAAGAGAAAAGCCAAUUUCAAUAAACCUCUGAUCACACCAAAGAAGGACGAAGAGGACAACCUAGCCAAGCAAGAACAGGACGUGUUGUUCAGACGGCUGAAACUCUUCACACAUCUUCGUCAGGAUCUUGAGAGGGUCAGAAAUCUGACUUAUAUGUUGACACGGAGAGAAAAGAUGAAAAGGUCCAUUUGUAAAGUGCAGGAACAAAUAUUCAAUCUCCAGGUAAAACUUCUGGAGCAAGAAAAAGUUGCUGGUGAGUACCCAUUUGACAUUUUUCCAAUAUACUAUGUUUGGGACAGGGUUACUGCCAAGAUGAAUCCCUCCUUAUUGGCCAAGGUUGCUUCAGAGUUUACUUUGAACCAGCUUAUUCUCUUGCAAGUUUUCUUUCCAAAUUUCAGUAACAAAGGUCUACCCUUGUCAGUUUUUCCAGAAAGUGUGCAGUUUACUUGGAUACCUCAAUCUGCUCAGGCCUCUCAUAUGGAGGAUUUCAAGUGGCAGUCAUUUAUUAUGGGCAAGGAGCAUCUUCAUUCUUCAGAAAGGCACUCGGCAAAGGUCGCACAGAAGAAAGACAAAGUACUGACCAAAAAAAUCAGUAUGUACAGUGACUGCAAUAAAUCAGAUUACAGGAACAAAAAGGAUAAAGGUACCGUAACUCAGGGCAGCCACAUAGCUAAAGAAAACUCAGAGGCAGUGCUUGCUUCUGCACAACAGAGGAAUGGACUACUUGUGCCUGAGCAUAGGAAGAGGAGAGAUAACCAGUCCCAAAGUGAGGAGCCCAGAUUUGGACUGAGAGAAAAAGGUUCUUCUAAAGAGAGGCACAGGCCUUUAAGAUCCACAGAAUUGCAGUCAGAUAACAGGGGAAGAACUUUGCAUCUGUCAAGUUGCAGUAACAGCAAAUCAUUUGCAUCUGGCAUCCGUAAGCCAUCUGGGGACACAGUGACCAAGUGCAAUGGGUCAAUAAAUAGAAGCAGUUGUAAGCAAAUUGUAGUCAAAGUGCCUCGUGUCCCUACAGGUCCAGUAAAAAACUGGGGGGGAUUCAAAAUACCUAAAAAAGGAGAACGCCAACAUACAGCUGAAAUGCAGCUGGAAGUAUGCCAAGACAAUAAGGACUACCAGUUCAGCAUGAGUACAGUUAAGUGUAAAGAGAGUGCAAAAAACAGACUAAAGACAGACAUUGAGAAUGACGGAUAUACUCCAGAUGCCGAAAUGAGUGAUUCUGAGAUAGAAACAAAGAAAAAGUGCAGGCCCCACAGGCUAAGUACAAAUAACAUUAACAGGAGGUAUGAGACUAAUAUCAUUAGGAGAAGCAUACUAGCUUCCUGAUCCAAUGUUGAGUAACAUUAACUUAUUGCCGGUGGUCGCUACCCACAAAGAUGUAUCACUACUGAUACCAGUGAGUUCAGGUUUUGCUUGGUUUGCUUCUGCAGGUAUUUUUUUUUGGUACACAGAAACAGCUGAUAUGUGAAUGCCUGCAUCUAAAGAAGUGUGUUAUAUACUGUUCCUGGACAAUUUUGUAAUGGUGUGUACAUUUUGAAAUGUUUUGACAUACAAAAUGUCAUUUUUCUAAGAUGAGCCACGCCUAGAGAACCUGUUGUUGAAACACUAAAGCAGCUAUUGAAGAGGUCACGCAAAUGAAUGACCGUGCUUGAUGGACCAAUCUAGAAGCUAGGAUUUAUAUACUCAGUUAGGAUUUGUAAUGAAUUCUGCUUAUUUUCCCUGUAAGCACAGUCUUUUGUUUAGUUUAGUAGCACUUACUUUGAGAGAAUGUCAUGCAGUACUACUGCGAAGAGUUGACACUAAUGACUCAUAAACACUGUUUGACAGUGGUUUUACAGUUUCACAUGCAACUCUUGUUUACAAAUUAUUAUGUUUUAUGUACUUUGAUCAUUUCCGGUACCGCACCUUUCACCCCAAAAUACCUACUUAAUAUUAAGUAUAGUCAACAGUCAGAUAUUGGUUGUAAGUUUAAUAAACCUAGAUGAAAUGCAUUUUCUAAAACAAAAGUGUGUACAGUUGCAGCUUCCUGAAAUGUGAAUGGGGAACUGAUAUUUUUGUUUAGUCACUAAUUUUGUUCUUUUUAACAAGCUAAUUGCACUUAAUUAGGGUAGCAGCAAUAAAGAGAUUAAAAUGUAAAUGGUACACCA